GGUUUGCUCGUAUCAAGCAUGAUCAACGACUCUGCCUUUCAAGAUAUGCUCUCAAGGUAGGUCUUGUAACACAUUCAUCGUGUUUUAUGUUUUCCAGUUGUUGGCGCUCGAGGGUUCUUGUUUCUUCAGUGGGUCGUCACCAACCGCUAUUCGGAUCCUUCGUAUGUCUUCGAGAGCAUGACAUCGAACCCUCUUUCUCUGCUGCGUUGAAGUCGUGCACUGUCUUGAGAGAUUGCGAGAUCGGUAAGAGAAUCCACUCCAAUACAAAUGCUGACAACACCGACGUCUUUCUCGCAACUGCCUUGGUGACCAUGUACGCAAAAUGCGGCAGCAUGGCGAAUGCCUGCAUGGUUUUCGAGGGCAUGCCUCACCGCGACGUGGUAUCCUGGAACGCCUUGAUGAUGGGACACAUCUCGAACGGACAGGCCGAGCUAGCUCUGGAGCAGUUUGCGCGAAUGCAGACGUCCUGCCAGCCCAACGCAAGAAGUUUCGUGGCGGCACUUGCGGCGUGUGCUACAAUGGCAGAGAAAGAAGACGGCCAAGGAAAGCAGACUUGGUUGGAGAAAGGGGUGUCUAUCAGUUCCUCGGCAGCAGCGAGCAACUUGGUCUCCAACCUCUACGUGGCCAGCAGCCUGGUUGAACUGUACUCGAAAUGCGGGGCGAUGGUGGAUGCUCGGAGGGUGUUUGAUCGAAUAGAAUCGCCUGACGUCGUGACAUGGACUACGUUGAUGGUCGGCUACGCAGACUCGGGUGACAGCGAGAUGGCGCUUGUUUUGUUUCAAGCCAUGCAGUCCCGAGGGGUGGCUCCAGAUGCUCAGGCUUGUGUAGCUGCACUGAGGGCGUGCUCGAAUCUGUCGGCGAGAGAAGAUGGCAGGGAAGUUGAUGGCAAGCUCGUGAAGAUGGAGUACCUCGAGAGAGGCAUGGCACUUCACUCGCUAGCGGCGAGAAAUGGCUAUCAGAAGGAUAUAUUCGUGGCUAGCUCGUUGAUCGACAUGUACUCCAAGUGUGGAAGCCUGGAAGACGCCUGGAUGGCUUUCAGCAGGAUGCUCCGGCACGACGUAGUGUCACUUACUGCUAUGGUGCUGGGCUGCGAGAUCAAUGGCGAGCCAGAGCUAGCACUGGAGCUGUUCGAAAGAAUGGUGGCUCGAGGACUCUCUCCGAACCUGAGAAGCUACGUCGCUGCGCUGAUGGCCUGCGCGAGCUCGGCUGCCAAGAAACAAAGUGGAGGAGCAAAAGACGCUGGAAGAAGGAAAGAGUGCCUGGAAAAAGGCCGAGCUAUCCAUCUCCAAUGCGUAAGCACUGGUUGUGACACAAACGUAUUCGUUGCCAACACGCUCAUCGACAUGUAUGCCAAGUGCGGCAGCCUGGAGGACGCCCGAGCGGUGUUUGACAGCAUUCCAGACAGGAACGUGAUAUCCUGGAACGCUCUCCUGGCAGGAUAUGUGGAGAACGGCGAGAGUAGACUGGCACUGGAGCUCUUUAGUCGCAUGGAGGCUGAUCAAGCACAGGGAUACGCGUUACUGGACGCUCGGACUCUCACAGCGGCUGUGAAAGCAAGUUCCAUCCUCGUCGCUGUGGAAUCUGGGAAGAGAGCUCACGGCAUAGCCUGCAGGACAGGAGUGGAGGACGACACCGGGGUGGCAGUCUCUCUCGUUCACUUCUACGGCAAGUGUGGGAUCACGGUAAUAGCUCAGCAGCUUUUCGACUCUCUCAGUGGCUACAAGGACACUACGCUAUGGAAUGCACUGAUGACAGGCUACAGCAACCAAGGCGACGCUGAGAGAGUCUUCUCAUCAUUCGCGAGGAUGAGAAACGAAGGCCUGCGAGGCGAUGGUAUCACGAGCCUGUUGCUCCUCGCGGCUUGCAGCCACACCGGCCUGGUGGACAAGGGACGAGAGAUCUUUGAGAGCUUGCCGCUGGCGAGUAGAGCUCUGGGACACUACACUUGCAUGGUGGACUUGCUGGGAAGAUCGAACCAACUGGAGGCCGCGAUGGGAUUGAUCGCGUCUAUGCCAUGGCAGCCGGAUCUGGUGACUUGGAUGACGCUGCUAGGCUCGUGCAAGAAGUGGAGCAACAUGGAGGCGGCCAGAGUCGCGUUCCAGGAGCUGGUGAGAAUCGAUAGCCGGGAGGAGUCAUCGUACUUGGUGAUGGCCAACAUCUACGCCAGCCAUGGUCUGCUCGAUGAGAGCUCCAAAGUUCUAGAGCUCAGGGAUGCAAGACAAGCUCCAAGUCAGUUGUUAGCACGGUGAUACAGACGAAAAGAGAUUAAGCACGGGAAAUCUGAUCGUAAUGCCACCACCUUUCUGUAGCUAAGGUGGUAAAGAAGAGUUUGUACCAUUGAAGUUGAAGUUGUUUUAUGUC